UUGCCAAAAAGUUACCGAACCGAAUGCUCGCUAUCACCUGAGAUUCAGGUGACACGGGGCUGGGAAAUCCGGGACAGCAGAAAGCCAUGUACCGCAGAAAAUUGUAUUUACAGAAGGGAGGACACAUGAACAGACAAGUAAUAGAAUCUCAAUAAUACUGUAAGCAGGAAGUGUGAGUCAGUGCGGCUCCCGUAGUCGGUGCAGAGCCUGGUCACCAUGGUAACGGGGCGCCGCUUGUGUUGACAACCAGAGUUGAGACUCCCGGGAGAGCGGAGAUCCUUCAUCACCAUGCCGGCGGCUCAGGAGGUAGCGGCAGCCCCGGUACUGGGGACCCCCCAGCCGGACAAUGGCAGGAAGAGCCUCGGGCGGCCUGUGGUGAGGCUGGUGGUGACCGACACCGAGCUGGGGGAGCGAGAGGCAGUUCCCUUAAAACCUAUUGAUAUGAACCGAGUUCUGAAAUUGUUUGAAGAUCCAUUUUCAAGAGAUUUAGUAGAGAGACAUGUCAGAGUUUUAAAGAAAGUUGCCAGAACAUAUUGUAACGGUAUUUUCUUGAAGGAUCUUCAACAGAUAAUGAACAUUUUAAACAUCUGUGCAGCAAGGGCAGGAGACCAUGCAGUAUACAUAGAUCCAAUGUGUGACAUUGUGAAGCUGUGCGGCCUUCCAUUUCUGAAAGAGAGGAUGUCAGAUGAAGCCAAGUAUGCACAGGAUGUUGCAGAUUCAUUUUCACAGUUGGGCUGCCUGAUGAGGGUGCCAAGUUCUCAACUCAGGAUACAGAUCUGCAAGUCCAUUGCCAACUUUUAUAAUGCAGAGAUGACAAAACAGCAGGCUGACGGUUUUCAACCAACCAGCAUCGCUUACAAGAUACAGAUGGCUGAAGUGGGGGGUAUGGCAGAGACCCUUGUUUUGUCUCUGACGUUGCUUGAGAAUCAACUGCAGGAGAAGAUAGCACUGCUGAAAGUACUGCAGCUUUUCUCAAACUCCAUUGAGAACUGUAAGCUUAUGGCCAAAGCGCAAGCUGCCUGCCGAAUCUGUUCCCGACUCAAUGACCCCGACCCCUCUGGACAGGUUCUCUUUCGCUCCUCUGAGAUUCUCUGGAAUUUACUGGAAAAUGGACCUAAAGAAGAAAUCAUUAAUCAGCUCAGUAACAUAGAAUGUAUCUACGCACUCAAGGACUCCUUUGUACGUCUACUCACCAAUGGCUAUAGACAUUAUGACCGGCAGCUGCGAAAUGAUCUUUUGGUGAUCGCUACAUUGAUCGCAGAGAACAAUUGCUCUCCACUGGUUGAAAGUGGAUUUGCCAAGCAACUGAUCUUGUUUGCGACUUUCCCUGAAGUUAAAAGCCACAACCCAUUGGUUAAGAGUUUAAAGCUUUUGCACAAGCAUGAAGACUUUGAGAUGAAGAAGCUGUUGUUAAACAUGAUGGUGGUGUUAGCCAAGGAUCUUUCAACAGUUCAGUUGCUCUCUGAUGGAAAGGCGGUUUUAGCCCUUUUUAACUAUGUCAAAGCAAGUGAAAAGCCUGGAAUCCAUGAUUGGCCUGCUGCCCGUUUUGAAGACUUACAGCUUCAUGCCAUUGCAACCUUAUCAACAGUGGCCCCUCUGCUGGUGGAGGACUACGUAACCUGCCAAGGGAAUACACGCAUACUCCUCUUCCUAGAGUGGUGCUCCAGCCAAGAUGGAUUCUCUGGCCAGGGUAAUUGUUUCCAUGGCACAGGUGGCCGGGGGAACAAGCACGCACAGAUGCGUUACAGCUUGAGACUACUGAGGGCUAUGGUGUCCAUAGGGGAUGAAGGUGUAAAUCAGGACCUCUGUGAUCAGGGAGCAAUUAAUCAGCUCUUGGGGUUACUGAAGAAAAGUUUGGCCGAUUCUAGUGGAAAGGACAACUCCAUUUUGCUGGAAAUCCAGUCUGACAUCCUCUUCAUUCUCUCCGCACUUUGUGAGAAUGAUACUCACAGAAAGGAGUUGUUUGGAUCAGAAGGAGUGGAUGUACUCAUACGGCUUCUCAAGAUGGACCCCUCCAAGUUUUAUAGUGGUCUUGGUCACAACAAACUACUUUUCUGCACACUAGAUUCUGCUUGGAGUUGUAUUAUAGGAAGUUUCACAUCAGAGGACUACUUUCUUGAAAAAGAGGGCUUAUUUAUUAUUCUGGAUUUAUUAGCACUUAAUCUGAAAAACAUGAACAACCUGUUACUUGGGAUACUGGUGGAAUUCUGUGAUAAUCCUAAAACCAUUCCACAUAUUUUAACUUGGAGGGGAAAAGAUAAUGAAACGGUCCCAAAACUCCUUGUCCGAUUGUGGAAGCAGGAAGAAGAGGAGCUGGGAGUCAGGAGAGACAGUUAUGGACGUAUUGUGGAUGCAGAGAGACCCCUGGUUGGUCAGUUCCAGGAAGAGCAGCAAGUCGUGCCAAUGCCAGCCAACUGCUUUAGUGUUGCCAUUAUGGAAGUGGCUGAAAAUAUCAGAGCCAAAAUCUAUUCAGUCUUUUCCAGGCUAGGUUUUGAAAAUUUGCCCGGUUUAUCUGCACUGGAUUAUGUCACUCUGAGCGUAAUAAGCAGAUAUCUUGAUUUUAAAGUAGGAGAAGUGUGGAGUGAGAUCAGAGCUGAACUCGAUGCAGAAAACAUCAAGCCGGUAACCUCUGAUUAUGAAGCUCUGGAAGUCAUUGAAAAAUCUACAGAAAACAUCAGUAAACUUGUUGCUACACACCAGACAGAAAUGAUUGAAAAUCACCAACAAAUGAAUCUGCAGGAAGAACAGCAAAAAUUUGCAGAGAUAAAAGCCAACCACAAACAAAGUGAAAUAGUCAUGAAAACAUGGGACAAAUUCCUGACCAGGACAUCCAAUUAUGAGGCCUUAAAGAAAGCAAAACGUCUUCAAGAAAAAUCCAUUGAAUCAUCGAGACCCAAAGCCAGACCGCAAAAUUCAACCAUCCAUUCUACGCAAAUCGCAAACCUUAAUACUACGGUUGCUGGUGGCCGUGUUGUGACUGUAGAAAGCACACCAUCUAAGCUCACAGGAGGUCCCUUGGCUGAUACAGAUCUCGCCCUCAAGAGGGUCCCAAUCCGAGGAGGAGCUCUACAAAAGACCCAAUCUGUCAAACUGCUGAAAUAAACUAUUUAUUGCUUCUAGGAUACACUUUGGGUAGAACUGUUACUUUAUACACAUCAUCUAAGAACACAUCCUCAUGAAAUAUAAGUCGUUUUACCAAUACA